CUUUUGAAUAAAGCAGUGAAGUCAACGGUUGACUGUAAAGAGGAUAACCAGAAGGACAUGAGGAGGCAGAAAGGAAUCUGACAAAGAAAACAUUGCAGCUGUUUAAAAGAGAACGGGAAAAGCUCUUGUGUGACAGGGAGAACAAAGCACCGAUAUCUCUGACAAGUCGUCUUCUAGUACAAGGGAGUCAAUGGAUCUGGUGUGGUUCAUAAUUAUUGGCAUGUGUGUCAUGAAUGGCAUUGGCUCUGCGUGUCCAGAGAACUGCCAGUGUACGCCAAGCAAAAGCAUUUGCCAAGGCUUUAUAAUAAAAGAAUUUCCAUCCUCCAUCCCACCAACCACCCAAACCCUCUAUAUCUCCAACACCAGCAUAGAAUCAUUAAAACCAGCUGAUUUUGAAACUUUUGCAGAGACCCUCUCUGUGUUUUUAGCCAAGGAUUCGAGAAUAGCUGUGGUGGAACCUCAUACAUUUGACCAAACCAGAAAUGUCAUUAUCUUAGGUUUCAGUGGGACACUGCUAACCUCUCUGCCACAGGAUCUGUUUCAAAAUCUCAAAGCAUUAUCAACUCUAACGCUGAAUAACAACAAACUAAAAGUUAUCCAACCAUCUCUUCUAACCCCUCUUGUAGAUUUGAAAAAAUUAGACCUAAGCAGAAACCUUCUAACUUCUCUGCCAGAAAUUGCUUUUCAGGGUUUAAAAAAGCUGGGAAAGCUCAUGUUGCAGGAAAACGCAAUCAGUAAGCUUUACAGCAGUACUUUUCAAGGACUCAAUCAUCUCAAUUCCCUGUUUCUGCAGCAAAAUAAUUUAACAACUUUACCAGUAGGCAUCUUUGAUGACCUGGUAAACCUUGAGAUAUUGCAUCUUCAAGACAACAAACUCACACAGCUACCAGCAAAUCUCUUCUCAAACUUGCCAAAGCUGAAGAAACUCUACCUCUCCAAUAACAGGUUAUCAUUGCUUCCCAGUGCAAUCUUUCUGAAUCUUCCCAACCUUACUCAUAUUUCACUGUAUGGGAACCAACUCAGUAGGUUAAUGCCUGGAACUUUUGGUCCAAUGCCCCUCCAGGAGCUCUGGCUAUACGACAACAUGUUAACCGACCUCGAGGAGAAUGUGUUUAACAACUUAACUGAGAUUCGCCUUUUGGUGCUGAGUAGGAACCGGAUUCAGCACAUUUCUCCAGGUGCUUUCAAUGGCUUGAUGGAACUAAAGGAGAUCUCUCUUCACACUAAUGGACUCAGCAGUAUUGAGGCUGGGAUAUUCAAAGGUCUUCCAAAGUUAGCUAACAUAUCUAUAGAGAACAAUCAAAUACAGCACAUACCCAUAAAACUCUUGGAUGGUGUGUCCCAUUUACAUCUCCUGGAGCUUCAAAACAAUUCCCUCCCAAACUUGCCGAAACAAUUUCUAGACUCUUUGUCCAUAGUCGAUAAUAUUAUGGUUCAUCAAAACCCCUGGAGGUGUGACCAUAACAUAAUACCUUUUCGGGAUUGGCUUGGACAGAAUCCAGAGAAAGUGAAGAACCUUACUUCUCUGAUGUGCGAUGCUCCUCCAGCCCUGAAUGGUAGAAAUAUAAGAGAGCUGAAGGAGGAUGAUGUCACGAUAGAGGACACGAGUGGAGGUAAUGCUGUUGGUCAAGGUCUGUCCAAAGACAAACUCUUUAUCAUUCUAGCCAUUGUGUGUACUGCUGUCAUUGUCGGUAUCAUUACCUGUGUGUUAUGGAGAAGGAAUAAGCGAGGAAGUCAAGACUUGGACCGUCAAAGAAAAAGAAAAACAAACUCAGUUAUCUAAAAUGUCUGUUAAUCCCUCAUUCAACAGUCUUCAAUAGAUUUAUGAAGAACAUUCUUUUUUUACUAAUUAAUUUUAACAAAGUUUAUUAUGGAUACUUUGUUUCUUUCUUUCUUAGUUGUUGAUGUAUAAUUUAAUUGAAAAAAAAAGGAAAAUCAUUGCUAAUUAGAUAUGAUUUGAAUGUUGUCACUAAUGAAGAAAUGUACUGUAUUUUUCUUUCUUGCCACUGUCAAAGGUUAUACACUUUCUGCAGUUCUGUGUUAAACAUGUUUUCCUCAUAGAAAAACCACUUUUAUGUAUAAAGCUUCUUUAUUAAAAAUAAACUAUGAACCAUUAGGGUGUUACAACUUGGGUGAUAUAUUUUGGCACCAUGGUUUCAUUUCAAAGUA